CGUCGGAUCGAUGUCGACUUCCCGCCGGCUUUCAGAUCUGUAGCUGACGACGCAUGAAACCCCACUCCUCUUUCUCUCUCUCCAUUAGAACAGCACAGAAGAGAGAGAAUACUGAAAGCCAAAGGCCCACUCCUUUUUGGAAGCAGACGAUAUUGUCUCUAUAACUCUCUCUUUUCGCCUUAUUUACUUUUCCAUAGGAGCCCAGCCUUCUCAUCUCUCCUCCUUUUUCUUUACCUUUUCCUCCACUCUUCUCAACCACUCCCUCUUCAUUCUGCAGUUUUCUACCUAGCUCCGCCAUUAUCAUCUUCGUCGUUGCCUGCAAUCAACUCUCUCCGGAGAAAUGAAGAAACUUGUUCUGAAGUUGGAUUUACAUGAUGACAAAGCCAAGCAGAAGGCUAUGAAGGCUGUCUCCACACUUCCAGGGAUCGACAUGAUUUCCAUUGACAUGAAAGAACAAAUGCUAACUGUGAUUGGAACCGUUGACCCAGUCGAUGUUGUGAGCAAACUAAGAAAGCUUUGGCGCACUGAAAUCACAUCGAUUGGACCGGCAAAAGAGCCUGAGAAGAAAGAAGAACCUGAGAAGAAAGAAGAGCCCAAGAAGGAAGAAGAGCCUAAAAAGGAAGAAGAGGCUAAAAAGGAGGAGCCAAAGAAGGAGGAAGCAAAGAAAGAAGAGCCUGCAAAGAAAGAAGAGACUGAAAAGAAGGAAGAGUCACCUAAGAAAGAAGAACCUAACCAUCAUGAACAAAUGAUAAUGGAGCUUGUUAAGGCUUACAAAGCUUAUCAUACACAGAUGAACACACAUUACUAUGUUCAAGCUGCCCCAGAGGAAAAUUCCAAUUCUUGUGUAAUCUGUUGAGAACUUUGUCUACAUGUGAGAUAACUGCUUGACUAGGAUUCAAGUAAGUUGAAAUUUGUAUGAGGAGAGUCUGUAUAUAUACUUUGAUGCCUUAUCUAUCUCUACUAAGGUUGUUAUGUUUAGUGGUGGUCACUUUUUUUGAAUAAAAUGUCAAGUGGUUCAUCCAGAGAAAAUUUAUGUAGAUUUUGCAAUGAA